GAAGAGAAGGGAAGAAAGAGCAAAGAGAAAUCCAAGGAGGUGGAGAAUGAGGGGGGAUCGAGGAAAAGGAAAAGCAAAGAGGAAGGAGACAAGAAGAAAAACAAGAAAUUAAAGAAGGAGGAAGAUGAGAAGGAAAAGAAGAAAGAGGAAAACAAGUGGAAGUGGUGGGAAGAGGAGAAGACAGACGAUGGCGUGAAAUGGAAACAGCUGGAGCACAAAGGCCCCUACUUCGCCCCUCUCUACGAGCCGCUCCCUGACGAUGUCAAGUUCUAUUACGACGGCAAACCCAUGAAGCUGAAUGUGGCCACGGAGGAAAUUGCCACCUUCUAUGCAAAAAUGCUAGAUCACGAAUAUACAACCAAGGAGAUUUUCCAGAACAACUUCUUCCACGACUGGAGAAAGGAAAUGACCUCGGAGGAGCGGAAGAAGAUAAAGCAUCUGGAGAAGUGCGACUUCAAAGAGAUGCACAAGUACUUUGUGGACAGAAACGAGGCCCGGAAAGCUUUGCCCAAAGAGGAGAAACAGAAACUGAAGGAGGAGGCAGAUAAGAUCCAGGAGGAGUAUGGGUACUGCAUCCUCGACGGGCAUCGGGAGAAAAUAGGCAACUUCAAAACCGAGCCCCCGGGGCUGUUCCGUGGGCGCGGGGACCACCCUAAAAUGGGCAUGCUGAAGAAGAGGAUCAUGCCAGAGGACGUCAUCAUAAACUGCAGCAAGGACUCUAAAACCCCUGAGCCUCCAUCGGGUCACAAGUGGAAGGAAGUGCGCUGUGACAACACCGUCACGUGGCUGGCCUCGUGGACUGAGAACAUCCAGAACUCGAUUAAGUACAUCAUGCUGAACCCGAGUUCCAAACUAAAGGGGGAAAAGGACUGGCAGAAAUAUGAAGUAGCCAGACGUUUAAAAGGUGUAGUCAACAAGAUCCGCUCUCAAUACCGUGCAGACUGGAAAUCCAGGGAGAUGAAGAAACGGCAAAGAUCCGUGGCUCUUUACUUCAUUGACAAGCUGGCCCUGAGAGCCGGUAACGAGAAGGAAGAAGGGGAGACUGCAGACACGGUUGGCUGCUGCUCCCUGCGUGUUGAGCACAUUAUGCUGCACCCAGAGCUGGACGGGCAGGAGCACGUUGUGGAGUUUGACUUCCUGGGGAAAGACUCGAUCCGGUAUUACAACAAAGUGCCUGUGGAGAAACCGGUGUUCAAGAACUUGCAGUUAUUCAUGGAGAACAAAGACCCAGGGGACGACCUGUUUGACAGGCUGAAUACAACGGUCUUGAACAAACACCUUCAGGAUUUGAUGGACGGGCUGACAGCCAAGGUGUUCAGAACUUACAACGCUUCCAUCACUCUGCAGGAGCAGCUGAAAGCGCUCACGGAUGCUGAGGACAACGUGGCAGCGAAACUCCUCUCCUACAACCGAGCCAACCGAGCAGUGGCCAUUCUGUGUAACCAUCAGAGAGCGACGCCCAAGAGCUUUGAGAAGUCAAUGCAGAACCUCCAGGCCAAGAUCGACGCCAAGAAGGAACAGCUGGGCGAGGCGCAGAUGGAGUUGAAGAGAGCCAAGGCUGAUCUCAAAGCCAAAAAAGAUGUGAAAUCUAAAGCCGCCGUGGAGAAGAAAAAGAAGCUGCUGGAGAAGAUCCAAGAACAGCUGCUGAAGCUGAACGUUCAAGCCACGGACAAAGAGGAAAACAAGCAGAUUGCUCUGGGCACAUCCAAGCUGAACUAUCUGGAUCCCAGGAUUAGUGUGGCCUGGUGUAAGAAGUUUGGAGUGCCCAUCGAGAAGAUUUACAAUAAGACCCAGAGGGAGAAGUUUGCGUGGGCGAUUGACAUGGCUGACGAAGACUUUGAGUUCUGA